AUGAGGUUUACCCUAUCUGUGGCAACUGGCCUUCUCAGCUACGUGGUAGCACAGGCCAACUUCCCGGUAGCACUUAAUAGUACGUUCGAGACCUCUGGGGCACGAAAUGUCCGUGUUGACACAGGGACAUACGGGCCACCAGUAGAGGAAUACCAUUAUUUCUACGAUCAAUGGCCCAUUGGACUCGCUGUGUCUAAGAACGGGCGAGUUUUCACCUGCUACACGCGAGGGACAUACGCAUACACUUUGGGUGAAGUCGUUAAUGAGACGGCCGAGGUGGCGUACCCUAGUUUGGAACUGAAUACACCCCCUCAAGGACUUUCCACGGUUAGCAACGGCAUCACCUUCGGCAGCAACGAUGAGAGUCACCUGAUCAGUGUGCAAGCACUGUACGUAACCCCUGACGACACACUCUGGGUGCUCGACACUGGACGUCCUACUAUCAUCGAAGAGGAGAAGAUCAGUACGCCGUACGCCGCACCGGGCGGUCCGAAGCUGGUAGCUAUAGACUUAACUACGAAUAGCAUCAGAAAGACAUACACCCUGCCUCCGACAGUUCAUUAUCCAGACUCUUACAUGAAUGACCUGCGGUUUGACCUUCGGUCUAAUGUCACUCAGUCGGGAGGCGGGAUCGCGUAUAUCGUAGACAGCAGUAAUGAAGGGAGAACGGGGUUCAUCAUGAUCGACCUCGCGACAGGGGAGAGCUGGAGACAGUUGAACCAGCAUCCUAGUACCCAAGUCAUAACCGGGGUCGUUCCCAGUUACAAUGGGAUUCCGUUUUAUCUACGUCAACUGGGGCAUCCGCUAGGGUUCCAAGAAGAGGGUCUCGAUGGGGCUGAGUUAGAUCAAUACGGAGAGGUCAUGUACUACUCUGCACUCACUACAGAUUAUCUAUAUUCGAUAGAGACCCGGUAUCUACGAGCAAACCCGAAUAGCGACCCGUUCGCUAAUAAGAAUGCCUCCGACAACGUCAAGAAUUUAGGACAGAGGGGCGGAAACGCUAAUGGGUUCACCGGGGACAGCCUCGGCAACGUGUAUAUGCUAAUGCCGGAGCAUAAUGCAAUAUUUAUAUACAAUUACACGACUCGAUUGACGGUACCGUAUAUCAGAGAUCCUCGAAUUGUCUGGCCAGACAGCGCCAACGUGGGUUGGGAUGGAUACCUCUACGUAACAAUCAACCAGCUACCGUACCAACCAAACUGGAAUAAUGGAGUCGAUAGAAGAGUCUAUCCGGGGCUGAUACUGCGUUCAAAGCUCCCCGAUGGUGCCAGCAAGAAUACACUAUUAAUGUAA